AACAGUCGUAAGGCAAAGACACCCAAAAUGGUGCCACAUUAUAUCCUCGUUUUGACCUUAGCCGCGGCCGUAGCAGCCAGGACUGCCACCACCAAUCAGAACACAGUUGACGAGCCCAGGAGUUCAGAUGACUCCGUUUUAGGAGACCUGAAAAUCGCGUAUGAGACGUACAAAGAAUGCACGGGCAGCGAACUUGGACAGUGCCUGAAGGUCAAACUGGCUAAAGCGUUGACGAGGAUAUCGAAGAGCGAUGAGUUGUCGCUGAUUGGUGGAGUCACCAUCACUAAGGACAAAGAUGCGAAGGUUGAGGCUGACGUCGAGGAAUCUGUCCCCAGGAGUCUGGACGAGAGCUCUCUGGACAGCCUUAUCAUGGACAAGAUCGUUGGAUUCAUGCAGUCGCAUACUGUCCAGAUCAAGUUCCCGACCAGCGCCGACUUGACCGAAGAAGGCCGAAGCAGGAGGAAGAAGCUUGCCCCCCUCCUUGCCAUCCCUCUGCUGAUCGGAGGAAUGUUGGUGCCUCUGGCCUUCGGCGCCCUGGCUCUGCUGGCCGGCAAGGCCCUGAUCGUGUCCAAGCUGGCUCUGGUGCUGGCUGGUAUCAUCGGGCUGAAGAAGCUGUUGUCCCCGUCUGGUGGCGGUCAUGAAGCCCACGAGGUCGUGGUCUCGGCUGGACACGGCGGCGCUGGAUGGAGCAGGUCGCUCGAGAAGGCUCAAGACUUAGCGUACAGUGCUUACACCCAAUAGCCAAUUUAACCCACCAGAUAACAUAAUAAUACGCAAUAAGGACCAAAGGUUAUAGAAUCUUCUGACUACAUAACAGUACCUAAGACUUGGUAUUAAUGAAUUAAUUUAUUUAUUUAGUUAAUAUUACGAGGGAGGUGUGAACAGAUUGGCGAGGAGAGGGACAGAGGAUUGUAACGGACCAAUGAGAGAAAGAGAGAAAUGGUUGGAAGGGUGAAGUAGUUCAAGUCAACAGAGCAGCGAAUGUAAAAAGUAACAAAUGGGAUGGUGAAGACAAAGUUGGUUAAUUUAUAGACGUACCGGAAUACUCAAUUUGAAAAUGGCAAGUUUAACGGUUUUGUGCAUAUUGGAACUCUUUUCUUCGUUGAUUAUGGUUGUCCAACAGUUAUGAUUAUUUUGUAGUUAUUUUAUUUAUUUUCGGUGUGUAUUUUGUUUUGGGAGCCUUUGGAUUCGCUUUAAUUUAUUUAUUUGUAUGUUUGUUGUGAGGAGUUUAGAGUGCCUGUAUCGUAAAUGUUUUUUUUAUAUA